GGGAACCCGGAAGCAUUUUCCCAAACCUUCUAGAAAACAAUUUCAAUUUCUAAUUCCAUGAGUUUUUUAACAUGCUUAUUUCCAUUUCGAUCCCAUCUAAACUUCCUUUCAAGUCCAUUAAACUCUCUGCUAUCGUGAUAGCUGAAGCAAGGGAUCCCGCAUCCGGCAGGCCAGCCGGGCCGCGAGCGCGGUGGGAACGGGCUUCCCAAAAAGCCAGCCCCAAUUUCAUUCCCAUUUCGAUUCCAAGAGUUUCUCCACAAGCUAUUUCCGAUUUUAAUUCCAAUUUCUCUAAACUUCCAAUUGAAUGUUCUCCUCGAUUUCAUUCUCAUUUCCAACUAUCCUCAUUUCUGAUUGCAUGUUCAAUUAAAUGCAGUUUUUUUGACUUAGUCCAGGCUCGGUGUUGCUCAAGACCAAGGCUCUGGUAAUUUUUACUUGACUCUGGUGACAGCGUAGACGUUGUCCAGCAACUUUUGCAACUCCGAUCUCCUUCUCUCUUUCGAUUAUUGAAGAAGGUUCUUCUCGCUGGUAAAUAGUGCUCUUCAUUGGAAUUGAUUUCAACCUUCCACAGCUGUCAACAUUGAAAAGGUACACACAAUUCAACUUGUUCUUUUAAUUUUGAAAAUUCUGCUAGUAUUGUGUUGAAUUUUGAUCAGUCUUCUUCUUUGUUUUUUUUUUUUCCAAGCUAUUAAGUAGCUUCCAUUGGUCAUUGUCUUUAUUGUUUUAGACAUAUUGCUUUUGUACUUAAAAUGUGAUUGCGACUUUUCUUAUUUCCUAGCGACUAAUAUUGGGUGGGAAAUGGCAACGAAAAUGCACAUGAACAUGAUAUAAGCAAGGAGCCUAGGAUAAAUGCCUUAGAAUGUGGGAGAAGUUCAUGGACUAUAUAUAUUUAUGGUUUAAAUUCAGUUUCCAUAUAAUGCUUAGUCCAUGGCUUGGUGAACUUGUGCAUAACUGUGUAAUACAUUAUAAAGCUGCUGGAACUAGACCUGGAUUUGAUCAAUUCAGUAGCUUUGAAUGUUAUUCUUGAAGUCAUGUAUGAGAUGAGUAGAUGAAAGGCCUGCUAAUUGUUGGUUUCUUCUUGUGGUUGGAUUGACCGUGUCCUUCUGCACCUAAGUGCUGUUUUCUGAUGGUUUGCUAGCCCUAUGUUCUUAUUUUCAAGGAUCAUCCUAUCUAGUUGUCAUACCUGCAGAUUAAAUUGAUGAACUUCAUUUUGCUUUUAGAGGAUUAUAUUUUCACUAAACCCAUUAUUUUAAUUUUUUUGUUAUUGAAGCUGCAGUUUUGGCUAAAUUGUAGAUCUCUUAUGUGCAGAAUUUCUGUUAAGGCUUUUAUUUUUGUAUUUUAGUUAAUGCCACUGUGAGUCAUGCCUUAUUCCUUUUCUGAUCAUAACAUGCUUUAUGGCUGGUGAUGAUUCUGCAUUUUGAUAUCUUGUGAUAUCCUUUUUUUGUCUAUUUUAAUAAUUUGUUCUAUAUUUGAUUAUUUCAGAAUAAUUUAUACCUUGUUUUGGAUUAAUAAAACUGCCUCUUUUGCUUUAACAACCUCUCUAAGUGAUGAUGACCAAUUCCACGUAGCUUCCAUUGCUUAUUUUCAUGUCUGUGUCUUGCUGUUUUGAUAAUUGUUGCUUGUUUAGGUUUGGGAACCUAUUGCCUUGAUUGUAAAGCGUACCGUGUUUCAAAUGAGACUAAAUUGACCAAGUUAGAAGGUACCAGUUUUCAUUUAGUAAAAUAAUGCUGUCAAAUUUUUCAUAAUUAGAAUUUCUAUAUUUAAAUUAAAUUUAGUCACGGUGAGUGCUGUAUUGAGGUUACUUGGCCAUUGCUAGUUGAUCUACUUUUAUUUCUUUUUCUUUUCUUUUCUUUU